AUGACGAUUAUGAACCAAAACUUUGCUCAGAAUUAUAGUCAUUGGAAUAUGGUGGUGUUACAGCCCAACCUGAGGAGUGUCACACAGGUUUUCAGCUUCGACUAUAUUCCCCUAAAUCAAUAUGGAAGCAUCAAUGAUAGUGGUGUAUUUUACGGCGUCAGCUUGUACAACGACAUGUUACUCCAAUCCGGUCCACAGGGUAAUGUGCAGUCGGAAAUGUUACUACACAAAGAUCCAGACAUGUUUACUUUCCGACAGGGGUGGACAUUUCCAAGAAAAGUUUCUUUCAAUGGUGAUGAAUGUGUAAUGCCUCAGCCAGAUGACUACCCAAGCCUUCCAAAUGGUGCACAACCUAGUUCCCCUGCUACACUACUCUUUAUAAUGCUGCUGUCAUUGCUUUUUAGUGUGCUUGCACUUUGA